CUGUACUUCUCUUCUAUAUAUAUGUAUAAAUCCUGCCUUUGUGCUUAUUCACCUCAUCAUAAAGCAUAACACAAUGGAUUCUCAUCAUUUGGUUGUGCUUGUUAUGGCUACAAUAUUUAUGAUACCUACGACCUUUGCUCAGCUAACUCCUGAUUAUUAUGACAAAGUUUGUCCUCAGGCGUUGCCAAUCAUAAAGUCAAUUGUUAAUCAGGCAAUUCUUCGUGAAACACGCAUUGGAGCAUCCUUGCUGCGUUUGCAUUUCCAUGACUGCUUUGUUAAUGGCUGUGAUGGAUCAGUGCUGCUAGAUGACACACCUUUCUUCUUGGGAGAGAAGACUGCACUUCCAAACAUUAAUUCAAUUAGAGGAUUUGAGGUGGUUGAUGAAAUCAAAGCUGCAGUUGACAAAGCUUGCAAAGGUGCAGUAGUUUCAUGUGCAGAUAUCUUAGCUAUAGCAGCUCGUGACUCUGUAGCCAUAUUGGGGGGUCCAGAAUAUUGGUACCGAGUGCUAUUAGGCAGAAGAGAUGCAAGAUAUGCAAGCAGGGAUGCUGCAAAUGUGAAUCUUCCUCCACCAUUUUUCAACCUCCCACAGCUUCUUGCUAGUUUCCAAUCACAUGGCCUGGAUCUCAAGGAUCUAGUGGUUCUCUCUGGUGGCCACACCAUUGGCCAAUCAAAGUGCAGUUCCUUCAGAGACAGGAUCUUCAAUGACACCAACAUAAACCCUAAUUUUGCAGCCACUUUGCGUGAGUCAUGCCCUAGAAUUGGUGGAGACUCUAGUUUGGCACCAAUUGAUGCCACUCCUUCAAGAUUUGACACCACAUACUAUAAGGCUUUGUUGUACAAAAAGGGUCUCUUCCAUUCUGAUCAAGAGCUAUUCAAGGGUGAUGGUAGUGAAAGUGAUAGGUUGGUAGAACUAUACAGCAAGGACCCUUAUGCUUUUGCAAGAGACUUUGGGGUUUCCAUGAUUAAGAUGGGUAACAUUAAACCUCUUACUGGGUAUAUAGGAGAAAUCAGGUGUAAUUGCAGAAAAGUCAACUACUAGAGCUGCAUAUAUUAUUAUUAUUACAAGUCUUGAUCAAAACAGAAGAAGAGGAAGAAGAAUAACGAUUGAGCAACUGUUUAUAAAAGUCAUGUGCUGAUCUUUAUAAUCUCUAUACGUUUCUGUUUAUUGUUGACAAUAAGACUAUUGGUUCAAAUGAUGAACCGUGAAGUGUAAGAAGUCUGUAAACGCGUGAUGCAUUCGUUGCUAUAUUACUAUUAUUGUUUUUAUUUGUUUC